GUAGGGUGUUGUAUUUUCAUGGUUCAUGAUCAUUGCAACACACAUGCCAAUUGAGGGCAGCAGCGACGACGGGCGUGCGAAGUUGACGACAAUCGAGAAGAUGGCCGUGGUGGCGGUCGUGACGACCGUGCUCUUUCGUUGUUAGCAGGAGAGGGCAUUGGGUAGAAUGAGAGCGCAGAUCCGCGCGUGGAGGAGGAAGACGCUUCAUCAAGUCCCGGUCGAAGGGCUGGAUAUCGUGGCCAUCACCGAGGCUGCAGUUCAGGUGAAAAUGUCGGUGGCACUGGCGAAGCAGAUAACGCAUUCGCUUGUGAGGCACUUCACUGAUGAAGGUCCUCACGGCAAGUACCCCGCCAAGGGGUCGAGGCACUGGCUCUGCAACUAUUGCGAGACCCGGUUCAUCGGCAUGAAGUCGGUCCUCAAGAGGCACUUGUUGACGAAGUGCAAUAUCGAGCUUGUCACUCAGGCAUUGACCACGGCGGAAAGGGUCAUGAGAGUCGAGGGCAUCCGGCUGGGGAAGCACCAGGCAAGUCAGCUCGUAGGUGAAAUUGGGGUAAGUGGUGGUCCGAGCACAGGACCGUCUUCCAGCAGUUUCAUGCCUCCAUCAUCACCAACACGCAAGCCAAGUGAUGGCGAGACACCCUCACCUGCAGGAUUUGCGAACAUCUUCCCUCCUGCUCUGGGAAGUGGUGGACGGUCGUUGAGGCAAACUUUGCUCGAGGAGGCGGACAUUAUCAUCACCCAAAACAAGCAGACGAGUCGGAAGGUGGAUCGGUGGCUGAUUCGUACGAAUCAAUCAUUCAGCAUGGUGGAGAACUUCUACUUCCUCGAAAUCCUCGAUGCUGUGAAGAAGUGUCAUCCUAGUUGGUGGCCUUGCAACAGAGACGAGAUGAGGACCAAACGGUUUGACGGACAGUUUAAAUUGGUUGGAGAAGACACACAGUCACUAGUGAAGAAGUGGGAGAGAACAAGUUGCAUGCUCUAGAUGGACGGGUGGUCGGACCGGAGGAACAAACCGGAUAUGAACGU